AUGUAUUGCCAGAAGUGUCGCACACCUCUGAAGUUGGAUGGCUCAAUAGAGUCAUUAAACCCAGCUGCUUUUGAUUUACUUUCAAGUUCGUGCUAUAUUUCUAAAGCCUCUGUCCAUAAACUAAUAGCUCUAGACUCUACAGGGAAGUCGCUGUCAGAUGGAGCUACCUCGUCGCGACCGUCACAUCCACCCGAACGUCGCGACCACUAUGACCGAUCCUCUAAACAUGCUACACCGCCAGUUUACAGGCGGUCUAUUCCCGCUCCUCGAGGCAGUCAGCUAAACCCGGUACCCCGAGCCGAUAGCGGCAACAUGUCGUUCGUGAUGUUGACCGAAUCACAAGUUACGCCACCACCGGUCAUUGAGAACACAGCGGCCCGAAGCAAGCAAAACCAUACACAGGUCCAGAGUCGCGUCCCAGAGGAUGGAUCAUUCGUGGAUCAAGUGGAGAGAACCACGCGGUUGUUUGAGAUUGUCUCAGCGCGGUCCGAUAUCGAUCACCCCAUUUGCGUGGAAUGCACAGAGUUGCUGGUGGAAGGAUUGCAAAAGCGCCUGGCAGGAUCCACGAAGGAGCGAGAUGCCUACAUUUCAUUUCUCCGGAAUUUGAAUGGGUCGGUCCCGACCGCGGAGGAGCUGCAGGCGGCAGAGAAGUCGUUGAAUGAGAGCCUUGAAGCGGAGCGUGCCAGCUUCGCAGAACUGCAGGCCUUUGAGCAAGAAAAGGCUGUUCUAGAUGCGGAGAUUGCAGCCUUGGAAAUCGAAUCGCGACAGCUUGAUGCCGACGAGGAGAGCUUUUGGCGGUCCCGCAAUGCGUUUUCCUUGACUCUGAAUGAGUUUCAAAACGAACGGGAUGCUCUUAAUAUGCGGUAUGAUCACGACUCGCAACAGCUUGAGAGGCUGCAACGGACAAAUGUCUACAAUGACGCCUUCUGCAUUGGUCAUGAUGGAUAUUUUGGCACUAUCAAUGGACUACGGCUGGGCCGAUUGGCUAACCCCUCUGUUGACUGGCCUGAAAUUAAUGCAGCAUGGGGACAAACAGCUCUACUUUUGGCCACGAUGGCAGAGAAACUCGGAUUUCAAUUCCAGGGGUAUCGUCUCAGGCCAUUGGGGUCCAACUCUCGAAUCGACAAGAUUGAGUAUCCAGUGCAGGCAUCGGGCCAGCCCUCAGAGAGAGGCGCACCUAAGGCGACCCAAUUAGAUCUCUUCUCAUCAGGGGACUUGCCGCUCAACAUUCCAUGGCUCCACCGUCGCUUUGAUUCGGGCAUGGUGGCGUUUCUUGAGUGCUUGCGCCAACUAGGGAAGUUUGUCGAGAAGACCCCUGCGCCAGUUGUAUCCCCACGGCGUGGCCAGACUGGCGCAACAGCCCCGGGGCUGAAAUUACCAUACGAAAUCAAGCGAGAUCGUAUUGGCGAUGCCAGCAUUAAAUUGGGCUUCAACCAGAACGAUGAGACGUGGACUCGUGCUUGUAAGUACACGCUGACUUGCUGCAAGUUCCUCCUUGCGCACGCUAGCAAUCUUGCUAGCACGGGGUCCAGCAACUCUGCUGCCGUGGCGGCUGCGGCCGUAGCAGCCGCCGAACAAGCCCGACAGACCACGGCCAGCCCGAAUGAUCGCCCUUGA